AUGAUGCUGAGUAAAGACGAGAUAAGUGAAAGGAACAAUGAAACAGUAAGAAGAGAAAACAUGAAUAACGGCAACGUGAGCGGAAACAGCAAGGAGGAUGGAGAGAAGGAGAGAUUAAAAAAAAUAAACUUGACAAUAACCGAUGAAGAAAUAAAACUACACCUAAAAAUAAUAGAAUCCCUAUAUCCAAAUAUGAAAUUAAAAGCUGAUAAGUUAAUUAACGGAACGUACAAUAUUUUUACAAAAUUUUUAGUACAAUCACAUAUAGAUGAUUAUAAUUCUUUCAUCAAUGUUUAUAUAAAGAAUAUGCCCGAAUUAAUUCCCAUUAUUGAAUUUUCUCCAAACUUACACACAUAUGCAACGCAAAAUUUUAACACAAAAUCUGGACAUUCUAUAAAAUUUUAUGUAAGUGAUAUAAAAAUAAGAAAUCCUGUUUUAAAAAAUGAGAAAGGGGAAACAAGAAAUGAUUAUCCAUAUUUAUGUAAAUUAUCAGCUAGAACAUAUGAAGGAGAAAUUACUCUAAAAAUAAAUAAAAAAAUAAAUGAUGAAAUAAUCAGUACAACUGUUAGUGCUGGUUACAUCCCCGUCAUGGUUUUAUCAAAUUUAUGUAAUUUAAGUAGCUUAAAUAAGAAGAUGUUGCCACAAAAAGGAGAAGAUGAAAGCUUAUUGGGAGGUUUCUUUAUAAUUUCAGGGCAUUUAAAAGUAAUUAGAUAUGUAAUUCAUCCCAAAUACAACACAGUUCUACUUAAUGAAGAAAAUAAAGUUCAUAUGAAUUGCUUACUAAAUGAUAAUACUGUUUGUGUAAACUUUUUAUCAUGUGCAAAAUUCGAUUUCUUUUUAUACGGUGCUAGAUAUCAAAAUUCUGUUAUGGCUGUUCCAUUUUAUGUUAUUCUGAUACUUUUAAGUCCUAUUAAAAAGAAAGGGUACUUAUUUAAUAAAAUGAAAAUGGGAAUUAAAAAUGAAAAUGCAGUUAAGUAUAUAGAACAGUAUAUAGAUUCCAUAUUUUUAAAAAAUGUUUUGAAUGAAAAAGAAAUUUUUGAAAAAUAUAAUUUAAAAUAUAUAGGUAGAUUUUCAUAUUUUAGAAGAGGUAUAUUCAAAUAUUCCUAUGUAUCGGAUGAGAAAAAAGGAAAAAAUAUUCUCAAGUAUGUUAUAUUACCACAUAUAAAAAGCUAUACUGAAAAAUUCGAAACAAUAUGUCUUAUGUUUAAAACUUUAAUUCUUAGUAAAUUUAAAUUAAUUUCUCGUAUAAAUAAAGAUUCUCUAGAAAAUCAUGCUGUUACUACAUGUAGCCAUUUAUUAUCAACUUUACUAAAAGAGCAAAUAUUAACUUGUCUUAACCGUUUUGCCUAUAGAUAUUCCAGAACCUUUUACAAAUUUUAUGAAAAAAAAUAUGAUUCCUUUAAGAUAAAUGUGAAGCAAAUUUACCUCAGGUACAAGGAAAUGGUGAUGAAUGAGCUUAACGAGCAACAUCUGAAUUCAGUUCCAGUCGAAGCUGACGAAUCUGACCCCUCCAAGCUCACAGACACAGGCAAUAAAUAUAUUUAUAACAAUAAAACCGAAUCGGAAAAAAAACUGAAAUCUAUCUUCAUUGGAGAAAAGGAAAAAUUGUUCAGCACUGUUGACAGCUACGUAAGAGAGUUAUAUAACGAUAACCACAUGUUCAUAGAAGCUUCAAAGUUGUUUUUAACAUUGAGUAUGCCAAUAAUAUUUUUUUUCAAAACAGGAAAUAUUUCAUCAGAAAAUAUAGGAUAUCAACAGAAAAGUGGUUGGGUUAUAGGUGCAGACGAAAUUAACAGCUUAAGAUUUAUAACAAAUUUUAGAGCAAUUCAUAGAGGAUGUUUUUUUCAAGAUGUGAAAGUAUUAAGUCCAAGAAAAUUAUUAGGAGAAUCAUGGGGAUUCAUAUGUCCGGUACAUACUCCUGACGGUUCUCCUUGUGGUUUGUUGAAUCAUUUAUCGCAAUUCUGUUAUGUUCACAAUUUAGCUAGUAAUGAAUCUCACAAACUUAACAUAAAAUUGUAUUUAAAAAAAAUUGGUGUUAAUGUAAAUUUGGAUGAAAGUAGUGGGAUACCUACAAUUUAUGAAGAUCAAAGCAUUCCUAUCAUUGUUGAUUCUGUACCAAUUACAUACAUAAGUGAACAAGAUUUUAACAGAGUUGUAUACAAAUUAAAAUAUGCAAAGAAUUUUAAUCUGUAUAAUCUAAAGGCGUAUUUUGAAAUUAAUGCAUACUUGAACGAGCCAUUACUAAUGAAUUCCAUAAUAAUUAAUACAUUCCCGGGAAGACUUAUUAGACCUAUAUUUAACUUAAAAAUGAAAUGCAUUGAAUAUAUUUCUCCAUCAUAUCAACCUUAUGUAGCUAUUGCAAUAAAUUAUGAAGAUAUUAAAAAGAACAAUUUAGCUAGAAAAAUAUUAAAAAAAAAAGAAUACUUCAUUUGUUCAAAAAAAGGAGAUGAACAAAAAAUGACAAUAAAAGAGCAAUAUUUAUUUUAUACUAAAAGAAAGAACCUACUUUCUCCCUCAGUAGGAGGUGAUAUGGAAAAUGGAAAUCCCACAAGGAGCAACUUGACCCACCAAUCAGCAAUUAACAAAAAGGUGUUGAAAUAUAUCAAACAUAAUCACAGUGCUGUUAGAAACACGGACAGCGAAGGGAACUAUGUUAGCAGCUCAAAUUAUGAUUCAAGCAGCGAUUCGAAUAGCGAUUCGAGGAGGGACUCAGAAAGUGAUAGCAUAUCUUCAACUGCCUACAUAGACAGCGAUGAAAAUGUGAAACUAGACCUUUACGAACAAAUGCCACAGAAAUUUGAAUAUAUGGAAUUAAAAGAAACAUCUUUCUUAUCCUUUUUAGCAUCACUUACCCCUUUUUCUGAUCACAACCAAAGCCCUCGUAAUAUUUACCAGUGUCAAAUGUUAAAACAGACAAUGGGAAUACAAAGCUUAAAUAUGUUAUAUACAUUUACAAAUAAAAUAUAUCGAAUCAUAACGCCACAACUACCUUUAGUUGUUACCAGAGAUUAUGAAUUAUAUGGUGUGGAUAACUUUCCAAGUGGUACCAAUGCAAUAGUAGCUAUUUUAGCUUACACUGGAUACGACAUGGAAGAUGCACUAAUCAUAAAUAAAUCCAGUUCCGAAAGAGGAAUCUUUAGAACUCAUAUAUACAAAACGGAAAUUAUAGAUUUAGAAAAAAAUCAUGGACGUGGGGAUUUUAUUCUUGGAAAUAACAUUAGAUAUACCAAGAGCAGUGAUACAGGAGGCAAUUCCAAAGAAGGUACAAAUGCCAAUACGAAUUCGAAUAGUAGUAACAGUACUUCUAUAGGAAAAAGAAAUUUGAAAUAUCAUUAUGAACAUAUGGGGAAAAUGCUAAAUAAGGAUGGUUUGCCUCGUGUUCAGCAAAAAAUUGUAGAAUUAAAUCCACUUUAUUCAUAUAUUAACAAAGUGAACGAAUUAACCAUAUAUGAGAAAUUCAAAGGGGCAGGUGAAUACUAUGUGGAUUGCGUAACUAAUUACAAAAACCAGAAAAACCAAGUUGCUAUAGUUAGGUUACGCACGACAAGACCACCUCUAGUGGGAGAUAAAUUUGCAUCUAGACAUGGUCAAAAGGGAGUUGUUUCUAGGUUAUUUCCACAUGAAGAUAUGCCUUUUUCAGAAAGUGGAAUUGUUCCAGAUGUCAUUUUUAAUCCUCACGGUAUCCCCUCACGUAUGACAAUUGGUAUGCUUAUCGAAAGUAUUUGUGGAAAAGCUGCAUGUAUUUAUGGCAAAAGAAUUGAUGCUACUCCUUUUAGAAAAUACACACGGCAAAAAAGCUUUAACAACGAAUGGAUUGAUAAUUGUGGUGUUAAAGGAUUUCUCGAAAAAAAAAUGGAAGAAAAUAGCUCUCGAUCUACAGGAACAGCACAGGAGGAGAGUGAACUUUUUGAAAAAAAUGCGCCCAUUGAUGAAAAAAAAAAAAAAAAAAUAAAAAUACGUGAACCAGGUGAACCAGGUAAACCAAGUGAAUCACGCGAACCACGCGAACCAAACGAUGAGAAACCGAAAAAGGAAGGAAAAGAAACUUUAAAACCAGAUAUCACAUAUGAUGAAAAAAUUGACUAUUUUGCAAAACUACUUCUAAACAAAGGCUAUGAUUAUUAUGGAACAGAAUUACUUUACAGUGGUAUAUAUGGAGUACCCUUGCAAGCACACAUAUUUUUUGGUGUUAUUUAUUACCAAAGAUUACGACAUAUGGCAUAUGACAAAGCGCAAGUCAGGAGAACAGGACCAAUAUGUAAUUUAACGCAUCAGCCAUUGAAAGGAAAAAAAAAACAUGGUGGAAUAAGAUUAGGUGAAAUGGAACGAGAUGGUUUAAUAUCACAUGGUUGCAGUUUUAUAAUUAAUGAAAGAUUCUUGAUGAAUUCAGAUGGACAUGAAUGUUUUGUUUGUCCCCAAUGUGGACUAAUUCUUUCCCCAAUUAUGCAAUUUAACUGUAGUGGUCAAAUGAUAAAAGGUAGAAGUAUUGGAGGAAAAAGUAAAUUAGCUGUUUGCAAAUCCUGCAAAGUGUCGUGUAAAAUUGUAUAUGUUCCCUAUGUUUUGCGAUAUUUGUUAAAUGAGUUAAUUUGUUUAAAUGUCACUAUACGGAUAAAUAUAAAAUCGGUGGAAAGUAUGUUUGACAUGAAAAGUAGGGACAAAUGA